CAAGGGGGAGGGGAGAAUAGCAGCGAGGAGGGGGGUCGGGAGGCCCAGGCUUAUAAAGACUGCAGGACCCGCGCUGCCCGCCAGACCCCGCCGCCUGGAUCCCUUGCAUUGUCUGCCGUCCGGUGUGACCGCGCCGUCCCCCAGUUCCAACACUAAGCCUGGUCGCCAUGGCCCUGCUUCCGGCCCUCUUCUUAGCGCUCCUGGCAGGUGCUCAUGCCGAGCUCCCGGGAUGCAAGAUCCGCGUCACCUCCGCGGCGCUGGAGCUGGUGAAGCAGGAGGGACUGCGCUUUCUGGAGCAAGAGCUGGAGACCAUCACCAUCCCGAACCUGUACGGCAGUAAGGGCCACUUCUACUACAAUAUCUCCGAGGUGAAGGUCACACAGCUGCAGUUGAUAUCGUCGGAGCUCCACUUCCAGCCAGACCAGGAGCUGGUGUUACACAUCUCCAAUGCAUCCUUGGGGCUGCACUUCCGGAGGCAGCUUCUCUACUGGUUCUUCUAUGAUGGGGGCUACAUCAAUGCCUCGGCCGAGGGUGUGUCCAUCCGCACAGGUCUGAAGCUCUCCCAGGAUCCUACUGGUCGGAUUAAAGUGUCCAAUGUCUCCUGCGAGGCCUCUGUCUCUAAAAUGGAUAUGGCCUUCGGGGGAACCUUCAGGGGAAUAUAUAACUUCUUCUCCACGUUCAUCACUUCCGGGAUGCGGUUCCUCCUCAACCAGCAGAUCUGCCCUGUGCUCUACCACGCUGGGACAGUGCUUCUCAACUCUCUCCUGGACACGGUGCCCGUGCGUAGUCCUGUGGAUGAUCUUGUUGGCAUCGACUAUUCCCUCCUGAAGGAUCCUGUGGUCUCCAGUGGCAAUAUGGACUUGGAAUUCCGGGGAACAUUCUUCCCUUUGACUGAUGGGAACUGGAGCUUCUUCAACAGGGCGGUGGAGCCACAGUUGGAGGAGGAAGAGAGGAUGGUGUAUGUGGCCUUCUCUGAGUCCUUCUUUGACUCCGCCAUGGAGAGCUACUUCCAGGCUGGAGCCCUGCAGCUGACGCUUGUUGGGGACAAGGUGCCAAGUGACCUGGACAUGCUUCUGAGGGCCACCUACUUUGGGAGCAUUGUUCUUCUGAGCCCUACAGUGAUUAACUCCCCACUGAAGCUGAAGCUGCAGGCUGUGAGCCCGCCGCAUUGCACCAUCAAGCCCUCGGGCACCACCAUCUCUGUCACUGCCAGCCUCACCAUCACCUUGGCCCCACCCAUGCUGCCUGAAGUCGAGCUGUCUAAGAUGAUCAUGGAAGGGCGUCUCAGUGCUAAGAUGACACUCCGGGGCAAGGCACUGCGAACGAAGCUGGACCUUCGCAGGUUUCAGAUCUACUCAAAUCAGUCUGCGCUGGAGUCUCUGGCACUGAUCCCACUGCAGGCCCCGCUGAAGACGCUGCUGCAAAUUGGAGUGAUGCCCAUGCUCAAUGAGCGGACCUGGCGUGGGGUGCAGAUCCCCCUCCCUGAGGGCAUCAACUUUGUGCGGGAGGUGGUGACCAACCACGCGGGCUUCCUCACCGUUGGGGCUGACCUGCACUUUGCCAAAGGGCUUCGAGAAGUGAUUGACAAGAACCGUCCUGCCACCGUUGUGGACUCCAGUGUCGCCCCACCCUCUGCAGUGGCUGCCUGAGUUCUUCAUCCCACC